AUGGAGCCAGAUAUCGCCGUAGAAAUUAUUGCGAAAAAUAAAGACUUUAAAAAGCACAACGUAAAAUUAGGCACACUCAUUGGUGAUGACGAUAGCUCCAAAAUCGCUGCUGUUUAUCGUGAAUGCAGUCAUCCGGUAGCCAAGUGGUCUGAUCUAAAUCACGCUACGAAGAAACUGAGCAAAGCAUUGUGGGCACAAAAAGUACCAAGGGACGUCAUAGAGUAUCUGAAAUACUGCUUCGGCUGUGCUCUAAAGAAGAACAAAGGUAACGUAGAAGCGACAGAAAAUGCGAUAAAAAAUAUUAUCCCUCAUGCGUUUGAUAAACACGCAAAGUGUGGCGAAUGGUGCAGAUAUGCCGAAGACCAGGAGAAUUACACGCACAACGGGCUACCAGGAGGUAAAGGACUUACCGGACAGACGGUGAGACAAACACUUGCAGCUAUCUUUGACGUGUUUUGGAAAAACGCAGACAAGCUCGCCCCAUGUGGCUCUAGUCAACCAAACGAGGCAUUCAAUUCAAGCGUGUCGGCGAAAAGUUAUAAAGCCCAUCACUACGCGGGUUCCGAAUCGUUCGAUUUUCGAGUUGCUGCCACCGUUUGUGAAAAGAACAUCGGCACCAAAUAUAUCGUCGAUUUAAAUAAGAAGCUUGGACUGUCUCCCGGAAAAGUAACCGAAGAAUUUCGGAAAAAGAAAGACUAUAACCAGCGAGCCAAGCGACGAGAACGAGCCAGCAAGCCCGAAACCAAGAGAAGACGUCUUUUCAUGCAGAAGCAGCGGUCCAAUAAAAAGAAUAGGGCUGAGAAAAAAGAAGGAAUUACAUAUUCGACUAAAUGUGGACUCGACGGAAUAACGGAACUCAUUGAUAGUCCUGUAGUAAGCCCAACUGCACCUCAAGACAGUCCUCUAGUUUAUUUUGACCUCGAAACAACUGAUCUUUCCGUAAAAUAUUCGGAAAUUUGCCAAAUUGCAGCCAGAUACGAAGAUCAGGAGUUCAGCGCGUACAUGGUGCCUCUGCGAUCUAUUUCAAAAAACGCUGCAGAAGUAACUGGCUUGUCAGUCUGCGCAGGUGAAAUGUUUCUCCACGGAGAGAAGGUUGAAACAACUCCAUUCCAUACUGCCCUGCAGAACUUUCUGCAAUUUCUAAGUAAUAUAGGCAAAGACAUCACGUUGGUUGCUCACAAUGAAUUCACGUUUGACGCACGAUUUCUAAUCAGAGAUAUACGCGCUUAUAAUCUAUGGGAGGAGUUCACAUCAGUCGUUUACGGAUUUACCGAUACUCUUCUUGUCCUAAAAGCAAAAUUGCCUUCUCGAACUGCAGCUAAGCUCAAAUUUACGCAAGUCGAUCUUGCAAGUGAUUUGUUUGGCGAGAAUGUUGCAGCCGACGCUCACAAUGCGUUGAACGAUGUCAGAAUUCUCCAGCGAAUCGUCGACAAAGCGGAAGUCACACGUCAAGAACUUAUGGAUCGCUGUGACUGCUAUGGUGCAGAUAAUUGA